AUGUUGAACAUAUUAAAGCUUGAAUUCGUAGCCCUUGAAAUCUCGGGUAACAACUAUCUCUCGUGGACUCUUGAUGCUAAAACUCAUCUAGAAGCAAAGAGUCUAGGGGAGACGAUCAUUGAUGGGAAUAAAACCUCCUUUCAAGAAAAAGCUAAAGCAGUGGCAUUCCAUCGUCAUCAUCUUCAUGAAGACCUGACGUGGGAAUACCUUACUGUUGAGGACACUCUCGAGUUAUGGAAAAACAUUCAAGAACGAUUCGACCACCUGAAGUUUGUCUUACUUUCUAAAACUCGCUACAAAUGGGUUCCUUUAAGGCUACGAGAUCAUAAAACUGUUAAUGAGUACAACUCUGCCCUUUUUUCGCAUCACCUCUUAGCUUAG